ACUGAACAGAACUGUUGUCAAACUCCCCCUCCUCAGUCUGACGAGGGGAAAAAUGGCGGACAAACACUGAGUCUCCACCAGUUACAAAUAUCAUUUUUGCUAAACAAGACGGAUAAUCGGGCAGCUGGUCCCUUUAACUGGAGCGCCGUCCUUCGUUGGCGGCAGAAAAAAAGGCGCACUUUUAUUGAAAAAGCGGCCUGUUGAGGAAAACUUUGGACGUGGGGAUGGAGUUUUAAGAGUGGAGGCCAGUGUUGUUUUGUGCCUUGUCACAUUGGAUCAUGAGGAAACCUGUGCCACAGAAAGCAGUUGAGUGGAAAGAUGGCAGGAGAUUCAAGCAUUCGCGUGGUGGACGUCCCCCCCGGCCCCCUUCUCAGAGUCAAGCACAUUUCAGUUGGGAUAAAUACCUUAAAGAAACGGGGGCCAACGGGGCACCGGCUUCAUGCUUCAAACAGAGCCUCACCCCGCCUGUCAAUGAGUUUAAGGCAGGCAUGAAGCUGGAGGCUCAGGACCCUCGAAACAUCACAUCCACCUGCAUCGCCACAGUUGUGGGACUGACAGGAUCACGGCUGCGGCUUCGCUUGGACGGCUCUGACAACAAGAACGACUUCUGGCGUCUGGUGGACUCUUCAGAGAUCCAGCCUAUCGGCAGCUGCGAGAAGAAUGGGGGGAUGUUGCAGCCGCCACUAGGUUUUCGCCUCAAUGCGUCCUCUUGGCCCAUGUUUUUGUUAAAAACACUCAAUGGAGCUGAGAUGGCACCGUCUCGCAUCUUUCACAAGCAGGAGCCUCCUGCCCCGGAGCACAACACAUUCGAAGUGGGCAUGAAACUGGAGGCCGUGGAUCGUAAAAACCCGCACUACAUCUGCCCAGCUACUGUGGGUGCACUGCGAGGAGUUGAGGUGCUGGUCACCUUUGAUGGGUGGCAAGGCGCUUUCGACUACUAUUGUCGCUAUGACUCGCGCGACAUCUUCCCAGUGGGCUGGUGUGCCCUCACAGGGGACAACCUGCAGCCUCCUGGCACCAAAGUUGUGUUACCAAAGAACAUUGGACUAUUGACAGAGGGUAGUGUGGAGAACCCAGCAAUGCACCGAGUACCGGGCACCGUGGGUCGACCUGCAGGUCAAAGAGGACGAAAACCAGGCCGCAGGAAAACCAAAAAAACUGCGUCAUGGAAUCAAAAGGCCUCAGAGGAAGGGAUCCCCUCAAGCAAAGAUGCUGGGCCCAUCAAAAUACACAAGAAGCGUGGUCCCAAACCUGGAAGUAAGUUGGGCUGGGCAAAGAGAGCCGGCUGGCUGGAAGCAACCAUGACCGGGCCUGGGCGGCCUCCCAUAGGGCGCCCCAGGGGCCGGUUGCCAAACAACUGGGCGAAGAAUCUAGUUCUCCAGGGUGCUGAAAAUAAGGGAAACCAACCAAUCAAAAUUCCAAAGAAAAGAGGGCCCAAACCUGGGAGCAAGAGGAAACCACGGGUGCCACCGAAUCCAGUCCCCACAUCACCCACCAGCAGCACACCUGAGCCUGACACAAGCACUGUCCCCAUGGACAAUGCAACAAUCCCCUCCUCUGCCCUGCAGGCUCCGACAGUUUGCGUGUAUCUAAACAAGUACGGCAAGGUAGGACCACAUUUAGACCAGCAUCGUGUCCAGAGGUUGCCGGACCACUUUGGGCCAGGUCGGGCCGCCUCCGUCCUUCAACAGUGUGUCCAGGCCUGUGUGGACUCUGCGCAUGACCAGAGCUCGGUCUUUACCUGCCUCAAGUCUGGUCAAGGGGGCGAAGUUAUCUCAGCCUUUUUUGACCAGCAGCAACACACACUGACCCUGCCGACGGUCAGCAGCGUCACCUACGUCCUCCGAUUUCUGGAAAAGCUUUGCCACAACCUUCACUGCGACCCUUUGUUCGGUAGCCAGCCAGUGGCUAGAGGUGGGCAAUACCAUGAAGGUCAUAUGUACUCCACAGGGAAGUCUGCGGAAGACAUCUGCAUAUCCGAGCACUUAAAGAGGAGUCCAAACUCCAUUUCUCCAGCAAACCUGCUGCAUCAUAAUGCCAUGGGCUCUGGAAAUUUUCGGAACAGCUCCAAGCCCAGCAGCCAGGACCCAAACGUGUGGACAGUGGAGGAAGUCAUGCAGUACAUCAGGGACAUUGACCCAGUGCUGGCACCACACGCUGACCUUUUCAGAAAACAUGAGAUCGACGGAAAAGCACUGUUAUUGCUGCGAAGCGACGUGAUGAUGAAGUAUAUGGGUUUAAAACUCGGACCAGCACUCAAGCUCACAUUUCACAUCGACAAGCUCAAACGGGUUUGAGUCCGUCCAGUGGCAGAGUCGCAGUUCUAUAUUUUAUUUUUUUAAGUGUGUGUGUGCUAACUGUUUAUUUACUCCACAUAGGCUACUUGAUGAGGUUUGACUGACUCCCAAUUCUGCAGUAAGACUGUAAAUUGGGUUUAAGAAGGAAUGAAUCAGUCACUCCUGCAUGUUUUGUUCUAAACCAUACUAUAUUUUCAACACAAAAAAAUGAACGUAUCGUUGAGAACAAUGGGUUAAAAGCUGCAUGACUGUUUUUUCAUGGGGUGUUUUUACAACCAGCAGCUAAACAGAAACAAUCACACAGAGGUCGGCAGCGCUGGUUCUGCACCAUGAUCUGCUUCAUUUUGUGCCCCACAUUUUCAUGAAUCUGGGUGUCUUGUUUCCUGUUGAGUUGAAUGUGCUCUAAAGCUGUUGUUUUUUCAGGAUUGUUCAUCAAGAUCUUAAUAGGGCAAAUGUAAAGUGUGCCAAGUUUGUGUCGCAUUGGUCGCCAUGGUUACUGUCGCGCUGCUUAACCUAAUUACAGAUGCUUGCAGUGUCCCUCCAUGCAUCUGCUUCAGAUCAGAGCAGCACUCGUGCAAAGACAAAUCAUGCCUCUGUUUAGUGUUAGCAAAACUGGAAUUUCUUUCUUGUGCCAUGACAAAACUGAAGCUGGAUAUUUGUGGUUCUACAGGAAGCGUGAGACAAUGUUGUUUUACAUAUGCUUAAUGAUUUUAAGUAAUUUUUUUCCCCCUCUUCAUUAGCGCUUAAACAGACGUACUGUGUCAAUAAGGGAGGUGAAUCAUUGAGUGACAGGCGGAUGUGCAACUUACAGUUGUGAUAAAAAUAGAGCAGCUUAGUAGGAAAGAUCCUCUCUUUCCCUGCAUCACACUAGGCCAUAAACCGACCAACAAGCACACGCAUACAAAUCACAAUUACUUCAUUCAACUGAGGCAGAACAUAGGGCAGACUUGUCAUAUUCAUUUCCCUCCACUCAUGCUACUGGUCCCAUAAUGCACUGCAACAAUCGAGUCCUUUACUCCUGCUUAAACAAUCUGAGGUUUAUAUUCCUGUUUAAACAUAAUCAGUUUCAGAAAUAUCGAUAUAUUCUUCUGCUGUCUUCAGUGUGUCUUCGUGAUUGACCCCUAAAAUGCUGUCUCUGGAUGUUUCCUAUAGGCAGAGUUUGAAAGACUCUUCAGUCAGUUCAGUGUUGAGUCAUGAGGUCACCAAUGUGAGGGUCAACAGGAUCAGUGAUUGAUCAGGAGGUGGACUAGCGUGACAGGUCAGUAACUAGAAGAAGUUGUCGGUCGUUGAAUUCUUUUGUGUAAAUGUGACCUGUAUAUGACAGGGUUUGACAUUUCAGUUAGCUUCUUAUUCACCUCAUCCAAUGAGAACGGUGCCUCGUGUAGCACCCCCGAGGCAGAGUUCUCCGUGGCACACAGCCAUUAAACAUGACUUAUUUCUUAUAUACAUUUUAUACGUCUUUCGAAUCCCGAUGGACUUGUGUUUUUCAUGGUUCGACCGAAAGAACCCUAAACUUAAAAUAAAAGAUGAAUAACAUUCGUCUCAAUUGUUGGGAUCAUUUCUAAAUGAACGCCUGUUUUUGAGGCAUCAAUUUUGUAAUAGAAAAUAAUGUUUAUUCUGCAAGCAAGAAACGUUUUUUCCGUGUUGUUUACAUGGUCUGGUAUUUGUUAUUUGUACUUUUUUUAUUUUUAUACUAUAUUAUUAGAGUCCUAUUCUUCAUAUUGUCCAAUAAAUAUAUAAUUAUACAACAUUGUGUGAUUUGAUGUUUAAUUUUCUUCCUGCCACUUCCUUCCUAGCCACCCCAG